GUGGCUCCCGUUUUGUUUGCGUAGCGUGCGCCUCUAGUGGCAACAGUUGGAACUAGUUAUCAAGAUAUCAGCUGUUAGGCCGCCUACGCCUCCGCAACACGGCCUGUAUGCGCAAUAUGCGCUUAUCUCUUUUCCGCUUGCGGCAGAGACAUCGAUCGUUCUCGCCGCGCUCUCUCCAGCCAGUGUGAUUGCCUCCGCGGGCAGUCCGUGUGACGGCGUGUCAGGCAGUGCGCCUGUGCUGCGCGUUAUCGAUCCGCCAUCGGCGCCGCAUUGCCGUACAUUCCGGAGGCGGUGCCUCGCCUAGUUUUCGUCGAUCGUCGUGGUCUUUGACGUGGCGGGCGCGUGUCGGCGUCGGCGGCGGCCCGGGCGGCCCUGCGCAGUAGCGCGGCGAGGAGCGCGGGAGCGAGCGACCUUCCUCUGCCAAAACCGGCUCGCGGUCCGCGGCGGAGGCACGGCUGUGAUGUAGCCGCGGCCCGCGCUAGCGGCCUUCGGACAAAGGAUCCGCGCCACUAGAGGCACUUUUCGCGAUGAAGAAGUUCACGUUCAAGGGCGUGCUGGACGGGUUCCGCAGCAGCGUGCAGCAGGCGCCGCGCGGGACCGAGCAGGAGAUCCAGGAGACUCUGCGCUCAGACCACUUCCAGAUCAAAAAGACAUUCCGACACGGGUUCCCGUUCUCGCCAACCGCGCUAGCAUGGGACCCCAUACAGAAGCUGCUCGCCAUUGGAGACAAGGGUGGCAACCUCAGAAUUCUAGGCGGCCCCGGCGUCGACGCGCACGCGCGACAUGAGGCCGGCGAGGCCGUGGUCCGCGCGCAGUUCCUCGUCAACGAGGGCGCGCUGGUCACCGCCACAGCUGACGACCAGCUCCACCUGUGGACGUUUAGACAGAAGAGCCCCCAGCGAGUGCAGAGCCUCAAGUUCCAGAGAGAGAGAAUCACGUGUCUGCACUUACCGCUGCAGUCGAAAUGGGUGCACGUAGGCACGGAGCGCGGCAACGUGCACGUGGUCAACAUAGAGACGUUCGCGCUGAGCGGAUACGUCAUCAAUUGGAACAAGGCCAUCGAGGUUACGAGAACGAAUCACCCGGGAGCCGUGGUGGAGAUUAGCGACAACCCCUUGGAUGCCAAUAAGCUGCUAGUAGCGUACGAAACCGGACUAGUAGUAGUCUGGGACCUCCGAGCCAAGGCGGCCGAAUGGCGCGGCUCGCUCGGAACCCCUGGCGAAGCCAUCCGGGCGGCCGCUUGGCAACACGAUGGGAAAUUCAUGACGGCGCAUGUGGAUGGAGCGUUGGCGGUGUGGAACACACGUCAGCCUAGACCCACAUCUCUAUCCUAUCCUCAUGCAAAAGCGAACAAAGAUGGAAAACUAGAACCUUGCAAACCUAUACACAGACUUGAAUGGAAAACGGCAAAAACAGGGGAAAGCCUGGUAAUAUUCUCCGGCGGGCUGCCAACAGACAAGGCGGGCCGCACGCACAGCAUCACAGUCCUAAACGGCAAAAGCACCACAGUUUUAGAGAUGGAGCAUAGUGUAGUCGAUUUUGUCACGCUCUGUGAGAGUCCACACACAGCCGAUUACCAGGAGCCGUACGCGAUCGUGGUGCUACUCCAGAACGACCUGGUGGUGAUAGACCUCCAGACGCCUGGCUACCCCUGCUUCGAGAACCCUUACCCCAUGGACAUACACGAAUCGCCCGUCACAUGCUGUUCAUACUUCGCUGAUUGCCCUUCAGACUUGAUCCCUGCUUUCUACUCGGUGGGUCGGCAAGGCAACAAGAAGGCGACGGGGUUCAGCGAGAAGGAGUGGCCGAUAAACGGCGGAGAGUGGGCGCCUGCGUCUUGCUCUUACAGCGAAAUUAUACUUACAGGGCAUCAAGACGGUAGCAUAAAAUUUUGGGAUGCAAGUGCAGGGACCUUACAAAUUUUGUACAAAUUAAAGUGUUCUAAAGUAUUCGAGCGACGCGGCUCUGUAUCAGGCGGCUACGGAGGCGGCAGCGAAGACUCCCCUCUAGCGAUCCAGCAGGUGGCACUGUGUGCGGAGUCCCGGCGGCUCUGCGCGGCGCUCCCUCACGGACACGUGGUGCUUUUCAAAUUCAGGAAACAGGACACGCAUGCUGAGACACAUGUAUUAGAAAUCCCAAUGAUAACGGAUUCGCUAGAAGAGGAGGCCUCACCAGAGCCCGACGGGAGUCGCUCGGCGUCAUUCAGUCGCGGCGGAGAUAGUAUAGAGGGAGAGAGUAGGAGAAGUGGCGUAUGGGCGGGCGGAGGCGGCGGCAUGUGCGGGCUGCGCGUGCGCGGCGCGGCGGGCACGGGCGGCGCGCGGCGCGCGGCGGGGUUCCAGGCCGCGCUCGUCGCGCUGCAGCAGGGCGCGCCCAGCCCCGUCACCGCGCUCACCAUCAACUCCUCAUACGGCCUGAUGGCGUGGGGUGGCGAGCGCGGCGUGGUGGUGGUGGACGUGUCGCGGCGCGCCGUGGUGGCGGCGCUGGCCGCGCACGCGCUGUACGGGCACGCCUCCCACUCCGGCGCGCACCCCCCGGAGCGCGCCCGGGAGCCCAGCCUCGACCAGCUCGAGGACGCCUCGCCUCCCGCCGCCGCCCCCGCCCCGGCCGCGCCCAGCCCCGACGACGACGAGCGCCCGAAGCUGGACGCCCGCAGGAAAUCGACGCCUUGGAAGACCUUCAACCUGAAGCGCCAGCUCUCGAAAGUCGACCUCAAACUGAAGGCCGCGUUCGCGCCGAACUUGGACGAGAAGACGGAGGAGCCCGCGAGCGCGUCGCAGUUUUACGAUGCGCCGGCGGAGAUCGCGAUAGAAUCGUUGGAAGAGUCGCCCGAGAGCGAAUCGCCGCGCGAGGACGAGGAGGGAAGCGCGUGUCCGGCGCGCGGGGACAUGUUCGAGCGCAUGCACAAGGAGCUGCAGGAGCGGCAGGGCGACGUGUACGAGCGCAUGCACGAGGCCACGCGGCCGGACUCGCUGGCGCUGGAGGCGCCGGCGCGGCCGCCGCGGGCGCGCGAGCGCGAGCAGCGGCUGCUGUCCGUGCCCAACAUCAAGUACGGCAAGAAGGAGGUGCGGGACCUGCGGCCGGGAGCCGCGCCGGCCUCGGGCAUCGGGAACCUGAUGCGGCGCUUCAGGGAGUAUCUAGCGCGGCUGUGCCCGAGACGCGAGGGGCGGGAGGACGUUGAGGAGCGGCCAGGUACGGUCACUACUAACGGGACACUACUAACUCAGCACAGAGAUCACAUGAACGGCGGGGCGGCGCCGGGCGCGGGCGGCGGCGGGGGCGGGGCGGGGCGGGCGGUGCGGCGUUCGCGCUCGCAAGGUACCCGCAAACUGCACAAGUGCCUGUCCACCGCCUCCGACGUGUACGCCGCGCCCCAGCAGCAUUCUCUUCUCACGACGCGACAUGGCAAUAAGUAUAUACUAAAUUUACUCAUUAACUCAUUUAGAAUUGGUCGAUUAAAAUUGUAUGAUUACUUAUCAUUUGUUCAGCCCCAUUUUGUUUUGCCGACGAGCAUGGAUUCAGUUAGAAUUUUUUGUAUAUUUAUUUUUGACAAAUUUCCAAUUUCAGAUCGGACUCAUUUAAUAGAACCACCUAUUCCGCAGUCUCUCGCAUCUAUGGAGUACUUACACAUUAUGCAACCCAAUGACAAGCUGGACAGCUCGUUCUCGCGCUCGCGGUCCAGCAGCAUGUCCAGCCUGGAGAACAUCUCGCAGGAGGGCAUCCAGUGUCUCGCGUUCGCUGACAGCUAUACGAAGAAGUCAGACCCGACGACGCUGCUGCCGACCCUGUGGAUCGGCACGACGCUCGGCUCCGUACUCACCAUGAUGAUCAGCCUGCCCGAGGCCGACAAUAGGCAUACGCAGCCCGUGGUUGUUUCCAUGAGUGGUGGUCCUAUUUUCAGGUUAAAAGGUUCAAUUCUGGCGAUGUCAUUCCUAGACUGCAAUGGUGCUUUAAUACCUUAUUCAUUUGAGAGUUGGAAAGAUGAUGCGAAAGAUGUAAGAGGAAGCCGCGAACGAACGCCAACGAAACAAAGCUCAUCGAGCAGCGGCAGCCGCAUGAGCCCCACGCCGGGCGCGGAGGGCGGCAGCGUCGGCGACCGCCAGUUCGUGGUGAUCGCCAGCGAGAAGCAGGCGCGCGUGGUAGCGCUGCCGAGCCAGAACUGCGUUUAUCGACAGCAGAUUGUGGAUACUGAUUUCGUUGUUAAGGCUGAGAUUGUUAGCUUGAAAGAUAGUGUAUGUCUUGUCAAUUACCUGUCAACGGGGCACCUGGCCGCGUACAGUUUGCCGUCUCUGCGGCCGCUCGUGCACGUCGACUUCCUCCCUCUCUCCGAGCUCAGCUUCCAGACACAGUCCAAACAGAGGGGUAUCGUAGACCCAAUGCUCUCCAUAUGGGGCCAACAGCUCAUUGUAAACGAAGACACGGACCAGAUAGCGAAGACGUUCUGCUUCAGCAACCGCGGGCACGGGCUGUACCUCGCCUCGCCCACGGAAAUACAGAAGUUCACCAUCGACGCUGAGUUCUGCGUGAGUCUCAACGAGAUGCUGGGCGAGCUGUUCCUGCCGCGUGACAUGCCCGAGGCACCCAAGGAGAGCUUCUUCAGGGGCCUCUUCGGCGGCGGCUCUCGGGCCCUCGACCGUGAAGAACUCUUCGGCGAACAAAGCGGCAAGCCGAACCGCACCGUAGCGAAAGUGAUCCCCGGGCCCAAAGAGAAUUUGGAGCAGCUCGGCGCGCGCGCCAGCACGGCGUCCAGCGAGGUGGCGCGCGCGCACAUGCUGGUGCUGGAGCGCGGCGACAAGCUCGGCCAGCUCGAGGAUCGCACCGAGCGCAUGUCCAACGAGGCCGCACAAUUUUCGUCGUCCGCGCACCAGCUGAUGCUCAAAUACAAGGACAAGAAAUGGUACCAGCUGUGAGCUUGCCGGCCUCGACACGCUCGUCGGCCUCGCGUCGGCCUCGCUCGUAGUGUAGUACCGGGCCCCGCGCCCUAGAGCUUAGCUACCCACGUAGAGAUCUUAUGAAUACUUUAGACCCUCUAGCCUCUAGGCGUGACUUGAAAUGAAUGAACGCACAAUGGUCCCGCGGGCAGCGCUGGCGCCGCCACGUACCUUCGCUUGCGAAACACCGGAAUAUUGUAUUCUAUCUAAGUAACU